UCUCCCUGUCUCACUCUCAAAUGCUCUUUAGAAAAAAGCAAGAAAAUAGUGGCCAUAAAAAGAGCAAAUUAGAAAGCGGCGCCACCUUUUGAUUUUUGAGUUCUCAAAUUCGCGCAACAAUGGGAGCUCUUCCUCCUGUUUCUACUUGGAUUCCUGAAGACGACCGUUUGCUUAUUAACGCCGUUAAGGCUGGUGUAUCUUUUGAAUCACUUGCCAAAGGUGCAGUUCAAUUUUCCCGGAGAUUUACAGUUCAGGAAUUGCAAGAUCGAUGGCAUGCUCUUCUAUGUGAUCCAGUUGUUUCUUCUGAAGCAUCAUCUCUCAUGAUGGAGUUUGAGCAUUCUGCUUCGACAACAAAAUCUGACCCUAUUAGAUUUGAGCAGGCAAAAGAAAGUAAAAAGUGUGUUCCUGAGAAGAGAAAAGCUGAGAGCAUCCCCUCAUUCUACUGCCCUAUGCAUAAGAGAAUCUCUAACGACACAUUUGACUCAGUGGAUGCCGAUUAUCUUGGUGGUUCUGGAAAUAAUGACGAUCCUCAGUCCGUGGAUUGCAUGUUUGUAGAUUCAUUGAUAGAUAAUUUUGGUAAUCAAGAGUCUAAUUUUAAUAUCAUACUUAAUAACGUUCUGGAACAUGGAGCUGGGAAUUCCAUUUAUGCUAGUGAUUAUGUAACUGCUCCUUCAGCUUUACCCAUUGGGAAAAAUCAUAAUGGAGAUGUUUCCCUUGGCAGCUUUAGCUUUCAGGAUUUCCCCAAUGGAAUUGAAGGAACUCUUUCCCCUACUGAGAAUCGCGAGAUGAUCUCCGCUGUUGGGGGGUUGUCUCAACCAAAUGAAGUGCCAGUUAGCGAAUUACUUGAAGCAGAGGAUUUAGAACCUAUACUGCUAGAUAUGGCAGGUCAAUUUGAUGAUGAUGUGAGAAAUACUUCUUCUGGAUAUGACAGCCAGGUCUUCACUGCCGCAUUUCCUGACAGUGCCUUGUCAUUUCAACUGCCAGAUUUUACAAUUGCAGGCGCUUCUGUCCCGACUCUGCCGAAUUUUGAACAUGCCGAGAAAGAACUGAGCAUUGAAAAUACAUUAGUAGUUCCGGUUCACGGUGGGGCAAAUAAAAUGGACACAUCAGGAUAUAGUAUUGUGACUCUUGUCAACUCAUCAUCCAACUUGGAAGACCAAAUCUCGUGUGAUAUCUUGAGAAAUUCAUCCCUUAGUACUGAUGACUACUUAGUUGAGCUAUCAAAUUUUUUGUUCAACUCUAAAGAUGAUGAAGAGCCGCUUUUCGUGGGCCCUGAUCGAAAUGAGGUGAUUGAUGAGUCUUAUUUUGAUGAUUUCAGCUCAUUCUUGUUGGAUACUCCCGAUGACACUGAUAAUGGUGUAUCCGAAAUUUCAAAAGCUCCAGAUCAGCAGCUUCCCAUUCCUGACGGUGCUCGUCCCGGAGAGUUAAGUGACAAGCGUGUGAAUCAUUAUGGUGAUAAGCCUAUUGUUUGCAGUUCAGAGGUUCAAAUGAUAUCUUCUGCAUUGUCUGUCAAUCCUGCUUUUCCUGAAAUGCGUGAUGGAGUUAUCUGUUGCACGUUAAACACUGAGGUCCCAGAGAUUCCUACCAAUGAUGAUGUUUUUCUUCCUGUUAGAAUGCCGUCAAUACCUUCUCCAUUGAUGGCACAUCAUACAUGUGUUAAGACUUAUUGUCCAGUGUCCUCUAUCGAUGGUUUCAAAAGAAUGAACUGAUAGGUGAUGAAAAUGUCCUUAAGAAAGCAAUUGCACCAGAAUCAAGUGCAAACAGUAUACCAUCCAAUUGCAAAGACUUUCCUAUUGAGAGUGAUUAUUCUGGUAUAUGAAUUGUAUUUUCCUCACAGUUAUUAGUUGACCUUAACUAGUUCCUUUUAUCACUGUCCAGAUCCUUGAUAUGGAACUGAGCUCAAAUGGCCAGGAUCUGUGUUCUAGUAAGAGAGUCAUGAAUUACCAGUUUGAAGAGUGUGUAAGAGGGCAAUUAUCAGGAUGAAGGAGGCUGCUGUUGCUUGUACACAAAUAGCUCUUGCUGCUCAAGGAGCAUUAGCUGUUCUGCAUGGCCGUCACUCGAAGUAUUUGAUUCGAAAAACCUGAAGUUUUGCAGAACUUUGGGUGUAAUGGGACAGCAACAAAACCGAAGAAUGGGAGGGACUAGUGAGCAUCAUAUUAUUUUUCUUUUGCAAGAUGCACAUGCAAAACAAGAUUUCCUGCCAGUUUGACUGAUGUAACGCAUAAGCAUAUUAUGAUGGCUAGGGAACGGAAGGGGAAGUCUAGAUAACUGAAAUACUGAAGAUUACAAGUGUUGAUUCUAUCAUUGGAAGUUUUACUGGAAGAGCGACCGAAGAUAUUAAAGUUGACAUUCACUUGGGCAGAGAAGGUCUUGAUACUAUAAUUUCACAGCAGCAGGAAACUAUAAAGAUGGACGUGUGUGGACUAUUCUACUUGCAGAACGUCGGUAAAUAUUCAAUUUAUGUGAGUGGCAAAGAAGUGCUUCCUAAACAGAGUCUAACUGUCACCCCCGGUUCCUUAAUUGCGGUAUAGUUAUUCUGCACAAGUAUUUAUUAUCUUAGCUGACAAAAUGUUGUUUGGUAAUUCAAUUAACUAAGUUGGCUAAACCUUAGACCUUUUUGUUGAAAGAAAAGUCACUAUUAACCUUAGAGCUCUUGCCUUGUUUUGCAUAUGACCUUACAGGAGCAUAUUCUUAUUCUUCCCAAUACUCGAUGAGUAAAACAAAAUUUUCAAAUCAUAUAGCUGACCAAACUAAUUUGGAACUGAGGCGUAUUUGAUUGAUACUUGUUCUUAACUUUAGUUUAUCAACUGUAACAUUUACUACUUAGGAAUUAUUUCCAUUUGGGACUUUUAGGGUGGUGAGUCUAUUGAGGAAUAUUUAAAGCCAAGCCAGGGCGAUUAUUUGACACUUGUCAAUGAGGGACAGGAAUAAUAGUCGUAGACCCUUUCAUCGCCCAUACUCAUUUCGUCCCACAACAACUCAUGGGUUAGCUGACACUUGUGCUUGCCUGUUCUUGCCUUUCCAGUGGAAUAGUCGAGGUGCAAGCGAGGUGGCUGGACACCACCAGUCAGAAAAGGAAAAGUUCUCAGGGGUUUUUGUAUCCUGUUGCUUACAUUGCAGAGUGGUUUCUCACUGCUCGGACAUACUUUUAUAGCUUCCUCCUUUUUCUCCAGAAUCUGUAUUUUGGCAAUCCAUUCAUGCAAGCUCGUUGAAGCAUGCUCUAUGCAAAAAGGGCAGCCCGAUGAACUAAGCUCCCGCUAUGCCCGGGGUCCGAGGAAGGGUUGGACCAUAAUGGUCUAUUGUACGCAACCUUACCCAGCAUUUCUGCAAGAGGCUGUUUCCACGGCUCGAACCCGUGACCUCCUGGUCACAUGGCAUGCUCUAUGCAAGUUAAAUAAAAUUGCUGGGUAUCUAAUUUAGCUUAUCUAAUGAGCUAGCUGGAACCACCACUAUGCUUUGAUAAAUUGCCACUUUAGGUCCUAUCAUUUUGUUUUUGUUACUGCUCAGCAAUAUGAUGUUGCUCUCCUGUGUCUGAUGUCCAUCUGUCUAGUCUGAUUGAGGAAAUUGCAGGUCGGGGAAAUCACAUUAACGUUCUGAGAUGAAUCAAUAUCGUAUACAGCAGUAAAUAGACAACUUGAUGAGAAGCCAAAGGAGAAAUAAUUAAGCUUUUUCGAUGACUCAGAAGGUGAACAGGAGGUCACGGGUUCGAGCCAUGGAAACAACAUCUUGCAGAAAUGCAGGGUGAGGAUGUGUACAAUAGACCUUUGUGGUCCAGCCCUUCCCCGGACUUCGGCAUAGCGAGAUUUUAGAGGUGAAUAGGAGGUCACGGGUUUGAGUCAUGGAAACAGAAACGCAGGGUGAGGAUGUGUACAAUAGGCCUUUGUGGUUCGACCCUUCCCCGGACCCCGGCAUAGCGAGAUUUUAGUGAACCGGGCUGCCUUUUAUAAAUGAAUGUGUGAGAGUCUUGAAGAGCUCUUCAAAGUGUUUCAUAACUUUUGCCGUUACUAUGAAAUGAUAGAUAAAGUUAUUUGCA